AAGUGGUUCACUUCACCAAGUUUCUUGUUAAAUAAUUACGUUUCCUACUUUGUCAUUGUCAUAAGACGAGCAACAUCACGCAGCGAACAUGUCUUUGUUGUUCUUUCUCUUCGCUUGUGUUUCCUUAAGAUAUUCCAACGCCUGGCUUGGUGGUAAUGAUUGUAAGGAUCAGAGCGACUGCGUCUCUUGCACUAACCACAAAACUUGGUCCGGGGCAAAUUGUCGCUGGUGCCCACGAGACACGGCAUGCCAUGCUCAAGGCAGCUUGGUAAAUAAAUGCUCGCAAACGGAGAAUAUCGUUAACCCUGAUGACUGCGACAAGAUCGUGUAUGCUAAAUACGACAAAAACCUUGCGCACAAAAUGAUCUAUCUCUGCGCGUUAGCGUACUCUGACGAUGUGGCCAAGUACAUACCGAAAGCAAGCGAAGUGGACACGUUUCAACUUGUCAAGCAGGUUACAAAGCCAUGUUCAGGAGGCGCUCUUUGCUCUGGUUUUGUUGCUGUCUCUCACGCAGAAAAAGCCAUCGCUAUUGUAUUCCGUGGUACUCAGCAUUUUAAACAAUUAGUUAACGAAAUUCUUCGUAUACUAACCGAGCCAAAAAAGUCGUUUCAAGCAGGUGGACAAGUUCAAGUAUACUUUUCGGACGCAUUGGAUGUUGUGUGGAACGACUUGCAAAAAUAUGUCAACGAAGAGAUGAACAGCUACCCAACUUAUAAAGUCUGGGUAACAGGACAUUCUCUCGGUGGGGCACUUGCAUCUCUCGCAAGUACACUUAUCAUGUAUAAUGGCAAGACAACAAAAGAUAACUUGAUGUUGUAUACUUUUGGUCAACCCAGAGUCGGUAAUUAUGAUUACGCUUUGACGCACGAUGGUUUGGUACCGCUAAGUUUCAGGGUAACGCAUAACCGUGAUAUUGUUGUCCAUCUUCCAACCUGCAAGACACUGGUGCCUGGAACUCCGUGUAUUGCCUUAGGUGGCUGGCCUUAUCAUCACGGCAAAGAAUUUUUUUAUGGUAGCGAAGUCAUGACCAAAUUUUCGCCUUAUAAAACAUGCGAAGGAUUACCUCACAAUGAAGAUUUAGGUUGCAGCAAUAAUCCAGCAGUUUGGUCCAAAUGCCUACCCGUUGAGUUAUCAGCCUGUAUUGACGAUCAUAAGCAGUAUUUUGGCAUCUCUGUCGGAACAUGGUGGAAAAACCAAGGGUAAUUGACGUUUAGAUAGAUCUAGGUUACGUUUCUGAGAACAUUUCGAAACAUAUAAUUUGUAAUGAGGGUGAACUCAAUUGAGAUGAAUUGACUUAGAUUAAUUAAUGUUACAGUCAGUGUUAGUAGCCGUAAAAAUGUAUAAUGGAUUUUAUUAAAGUUGGAA